AGAUGGCGUCGCCUGGGACCCCGGUCACCGUGACCGUCACCUACAGGACCAAAACCAUUCCCCAGAGCUCUUGAUCUACUUCUCCCAAUCUCAGGUAAUGAAAAACAUACUGUUCAGAUUGCUUCUCACCAGGAAGACAGUGAACCAACACUACAGGACAUGGCUCUGCUUAUUGAACAAGUCACUGGGGUUCCAGUUCCUUUUCAAAAACUGAUAUGCAAAGGAAAGUCCCUGAAGGAAAUGGAACAGCCAUUAUCAGCACUUGGAGUUAAAAAUGGUUGUAAAGUCAUGCUGAUUGGGAAAAGGAAUAGUCCAGAGGAAGAGGCAGAAUUAAAGAAAUUAAAAGAUUUUGAGAAGUCAGUGGAACAAAUUGCUAACAAAUUGGAGGAAAUUAAUAAAGAGUUCACAGGCAUCCAAAAGGGCUUUCUAGCAAAAGAUCUUCAAGCUGAAGCUCUUAACCACCUGGACAAGAGGAUAAAAGGAACUGCUGAGCAGUUCAUGAAGAUCCUGGAACAGAUAGAUGCCAUUAAUCUGCCAGAGAAUUUCAGUGAUUGCAAACUGAAAAAGAAGGGGUUGGUGAAAAAAGUUCAGGGUUUUCUUGCCCAGUGUGACACAGUUGAAGGAAGUAUUGGUCAAGAAAUGGAUAAGCUACAAUCAAAGAACUUGGCACUGGCAGAAUGAGGCAUCACUCUCAAUAAAUAGGAGAAAUAAUUGCUCUGUGAGCAAGAAGAAAAGUUUGCUCUUUGUUUUGGAGCACAUAUUCAGCUUCUUCUUCUUUUUUUUAAAGCCCAGUCUGUUUAGACUGGUACUAGUCAAUCAUUACUUGCUGGUUGUCACAUUUACCACUCACUCAAAGCUGUUCUUUUCAAAAGAAAACAAUCCUCCCUGAAGAAAUACAGAAAUGUUUUUGUGGUAGAUGGUUAUGCAUGUUUUAGUUAACUAAAUACUAUAGCACAUUAUACAAUUCCGAGAGGUGGGCAACUUUGGACCAUUAGUUUCGUUUUACAAGGACACUAUUGUUAACUUGUUUGUUUUUCUCUACUCUCACAUUUUCCAUUAUGUCAUCAAAAUUAUUUGCAGCUCAAAAGACAUGUUUGGAAAACCAUACAAGUGACAUAGGUUGCAGAUGUAGGACUUUAACUUGACUGAAAAAGGCAGGUUGAUACAACAGUUGGGGCAUCUAGCAUUCUAGUAGAACAUUUAGAGCAAUAAAUAGUAUCACACAUCUAUACCUAUUUAACACUUGUAUGUGUUCAUAAAUAUAGGAAAACUUGACUACAGGGGAGGUUGUAACUAUUUUAGCCUUAAACUGUCUGGAUAAAUGGAACGUACUGUAAAAUGUAUGGUACUUAAUUUAACUAGUGUUUAAAUUUCAGUGAACGCCUUGGCACUUUUUUUUGUUAUACAUAUUUCUGAUAUACUGUGUAUAUAGCAUGUAUUUGUUUUCUGUGGUAUACUCUCCCUUUGAGUAAUGGUGUGAAAUGGAACAGGAUAAUUCAAACUGUUUAUACAGGAAGUGGUCAAUCCAAUCAAGCUCUGAGAAUGGAGCUAUUUUAUCAGAGUAUUUUUUGACUAUGUGUUUCACUGAGUUACUGCAAUUUACAGAAAAUUGCAAUUGAUAAUUUCUAUUCCCUAGAGAAUUGAGAAUUAGUGGAUGAAUAUUUAUUAAUCUAUAAUAUGUAUUACAAAGUGAAAUUUCAAAACAGAUGUUUAAAAAUGUCCUGCCAUUGUUAGCAUCUCCAUAAUGAGAGCUGCCAUUUCACUGCUACUUCUACUAGGAAAGAAUUCAUCAAUAAGCACUUGCUCUGGUGGCCAGCCGAGCACCCUCAACUCACAUUAGACUCUGUGGAAGUUAAGGGUGUUCUGGAUCACUUGCCAGAUAAGUGCAUGAGAAUCUUUGUAUUUUUAUAGUUGUU